GGUCUUCUACGUUAGUAAGGUUGCACAGCGCCGCGGUGGAAGCAUCUUGCCGCUUAGGUCUCUAAAACGGUCCUACUAGAUGUGCGAACAUGUUUACUGACGCUGGUAAACACGUUUUUUCCUGCACGCGCACCCAGCAAUAACGUAUUCCUGCACUAAGUGUUUGGUGGACGAACUUCGCUAUAAAACCUUGCCAGAUCAAAUGGUUCGCAUACCCUUGGUUCACAUUUCUUCCCUUUCAUAUCUCGCGAUACCUCAUGGACGUCCGUGAAAUUGGUCUGGGUCGUGUCAUAGGUUGUGAACUCCGGUGUAUACCGCCCAGAUUCGCAAGUCAUUUUAGACUUGAAUUUUUUCUCGUCAAGUCUAAUAGUUCAUCUCCACAGCUCAAAUCAUGCUGGGGACUGAAAUGGAGCCCAAAAUUUUAUGCUCGAGGGCCAAGCGAAUUCGACAUUGGGGUUUUAACACCGGAUGGAAAAUACAACUCCCUAAAGAUCGGUGGCCCCCUGGCUAUGGAGCGUGGAGCUCAGGAUAGCAUUGCGAAUUUGAAACCGUCUCUACGGCUGCCUAGCACCUUCCACGAUGCUGAUGGUCAGCUAGGAUUAAGGAGACGCGAACCUCCCUCUUCACCAUCCUGGCGCAUCAGCGUGCCUGCGUCUCCAGUCCAUACCGUGCACGAGAGAACACAGGAUCAAACUGAUUUUAUGUGUUCUCAUGUCACUCCCGCAGAUUCUUCAGCACCUCUGAUUGCGCCCGGAAGGAUGGAGGGAACGCUGCCCAUACACACCCCUGGAUCAGGAACCAUGUUGUCGUCGGUCCAGCCCCUCUCAGAGCCCUAUACGUCAGAGCUCUCGUAUGCGCUGCUUCCGGGACAUUCGCCGCACUCAUCGCAGAGCUGUGGUGCCCAAAGUGUUGGGACACCCCUACAAUUACAUUAUUUAAGUCCCCGAAUUAUGCCUGCUGUAUCGCAAAAUCCAGCCGCCCUGCUGUAUGGUGUAGCGCCGGAGAAUAACAGCUCUUUAGAGCGCUUGGUCUCAGAUCUAGGAGAUGCGCAGGCACGCUAUCUUCCCCCGGACAGCAUCAAUGCCCAUUCUAUACCACAGGUUCAUGUCACGACUCCUGCCAUGCAAACCCUACAAGCGACUUUGCUAGAUUCAUGGAACAACCUCGAUUUCUCUCCUGCGUCGGCCACCCCAAUGACAUGUUCAACGUCGUUCAGCGCUGACUCCAGUUUGAUUGGAGAGUUAGAACAACAUCAUGGUCCGGGGGUUGUAAUUCCAAUGUCGGAAUUAAUGAGAAUGGGCUUGGAAAAUUCCCCACAAUCCAACGAGCAGUUGGAGGCAGGAAUGCCGGACGAGUACUGGCAGCUGCAUCACAUUCUCCCGUGUUCUUCGCCGAUGCAUCAGUCGAGAGGGCUAUCUCCUAUCGAUAUGAGUGUAGAUCAGCUGCCAGGCACCGGUGAAGGAGAGGACACUACGUACAAUCUUUCCGACACCUUUCUCUUCUCCAGCGUCUUUCAUGGUGCCUUCGCUUGCUGACAGUUGCUCAAACAGGCUUGAUGCAUUCAUGUUUCUGUUUCUGUUUCCGCUAUUCCCAAGAACCUGGCAAACAUGAUGCGCCCUCAUGGUGCUGCGCCAUGUUGCGUGUACAUUUGUUCAACGUGCAUGGCUUGCCAUGCCGCACGCCAGUUCAUGAACACAGGCAAAACAAAACGACCCUACUGCUGAGAACGGUGGUAUCGCCAGAAAGCGCGGAGGUGUAUAUUCGUUUAAUACAAGGACAUGAUACCCAUAUGUUUUAUUAGCAUAAUUGUUAUAUGAAUUAAUCAAAUAUUGU